AUGAACGAGAGUGGGGAAGAUCUGGAGCAACUGCUUACUGAGGAUGUUACUAAUGAUGCAGACAUGCAAGAGAAGAAGACUGAUACUGUGAUGAAGAAGAACAGGAGUGUUGAUUUUUCCCAGGUGCUGAUUUCUCAAGCAGAGGCGGCCAGUGAAUGCCGAAAAGAAGAGAUCAGACGGUUCUCCAAAGUUCCAGUUGAAGUUGAGACACUUGGUGGCGAGCCAUUGGUGUUUAUGAUGUGGGCUACUGAAAGUAAGCCUGUUCAUAGAAAGAAGCAGAUAGAAUGCCGUAAAAGCACAUUUGAUUGUGAAGUGUGUGAGAAUGUGUUUGAUACGUCUAAGAAGCUUGAGACACAUGUGAAAAUGAUUCAUAAGAAGUCUGACGAGUCUGCUAAGACGCAUAUUUGCUCGGUAUGUGGAAAAGGAUUUGAUGAAGGCCGGAAGCUUGCGCUGCAUUCGAAUUACCACAAAAAUUAG